AUGCGAUAUUUAAAACGUGUCUGGAAGCUACGAUUUUUGCAGUUCAUUGCUGUACUGGGAUUGCUAUGGAUGCUUUCCCUACUUAGUCAACUGAAAAUAGGCAGAAGUGCUGCCUACAUCCUCAGGUAUAAAUGGCUAGAGUAUACCAAUGAUGAUGAGAGCCCAGAGAAAGUUUGCAACUGCUCAGCAAUCCUGCAGGGAGAGAAGGAGGCAUUGCAGCAAGCCAAAUUAUUGACCAUCAGCAAAGACUUUCAGAAGAGUAUUCAGAUUCCUGAUGAGUAUUACAUCAAUGCAACCCAAGACUGCAGGAAAUUCCAAAUAAACAGGAAAUACAUAACAUUCCCGUUAAGCAAGGAAGUAGAGGAGUUUCCUCUGGCUUACUCUAUGGUUGUCCAUCACAAGGUGCAGAACUUUGAGCGACUACUGCGAGCUAUCUACGCACCUCAAAAUAUUUAUUGUAUCCAUGUGGACAAAAAAGCACCGUCCUCAGUCUUUGCUGCCAUCAAGGCCAUUACUUCCUGUUUCCCAAAUGUGUUGGCAUGA